GUAUUUGGGCGUCGACUACAGUCCGAUGGAACAACUGUCUUUAGGUUUUCGUACCUCGCCUAGAGACCACGAGGUUGACCUCUAACCGAACGACAAUCCUACGAGUAUAUCGCCCGCUGAAAACCCCUUUCACUCUCUGAUCGCGAGCGGGUCUUGCCUCGUGGGAGUUCUAGCCAUUGCCUUCUCACUUUCAUUGAGAGUCCAUGUGCUUUGUCAUUCACUGUGUUUUCAUACUCGAUCCUUUUCUGUUAUCAGCCUGCGCGAACGGCAGUAUCUGUUCAAGAGAGACUGAUCUGUUGAACACGUGCAACAACUUCCCGAGUGCUGGCAAACAUGGCGGACGCAUUCGCCAUGAAGAGCGGAGGGAAGUUCACCUCGGAAAUCCACCACUCUAGAUCCUCUUCCUCGGAGCAGAAUGGGGAGAAAUCAGUCAACAGAGAUGAGCAGGAGAUGGCCAGGCUGGGAAAACGCCAGGAGCUGAGGCGGAAUUUUGGCUUCAUGAGCAUGCUCGGUUUCUCCUGCACCCUCAUGAUCACCUGGGAGGGCCUGUUGACGGUCUUCGUGUAUGGCUUGACGGACGGAGGACCGGCCGGCCUUGUAUACGGGUAUCUCUUCUGUUGGGUGGGAUACUUCGCGGUUGUUGCUUCGCUUGCUGAGAUGGUUUCAAUGGCACCGACUGCUGGCGGGCAGUAUCACUGGACGUUCCUUUUUGCCCCCAAGUCUUGCCGCAACUUUCUUUCCUUUAUCACCGGCUGGCAAUCCGUACUCUCGUGGCAAGCUUGUCUCGCGUCGGCGGCAUACCUCGGCGGCACCAUCAUCCAAGGACUCCUCGUUCUGAAUUAUCCCAGUUACGAUUUUCAGAGAUGGCACGGCACACUUCUCCUGUAUUCCGUCAUCUUCUUGGCCAUGCUCUUCAAUACCUACCUCGCCAAACAGCUCCCGAAGGUGGAGGGCGCCGUGCUGAUCGUCCACAUCGUUGGGUUUUUUGGAGUGUUGAUCACCCUGGUGUACUUGGCACCACACGGCACCGCGCACGACGUUUUUGUCCAAUACCUCGCCAAUGGAGGCUACGACAAGGGCACCUCGUUCUUCGUGGGACUCAUUACCACCGUUUUCGCCUUUAUUGGCGCCGACGGUGCCAUCCACAUGAGCGAGGAAAUCAAAAAUGCAUCGACGGUGGUGCCCCAAUCUUUGGUGGCAUCCAUUGGUCUCAACGGCCUGAUGGGUUUCGCCAUGCUGAUUGCGAUCCUGUUCUGUAUCGGCGACAUCGACAAUGCGCUUUCAACCCCGACAGGUUUCCCCUUCAUCGAAAUCUUCCACCAGGCUGUCAAGUCGAAUGGUGGAGCGACCGCCUUGACUUCUAUAGUCCUCUCGUUGAUGAUCUUUGCUACCAUUGCGGUUUUAGCUGCGGCGUCCAGAAUGACAUGGGCUUUUGCCCGUGACAACGGUCUUCCCGGAUCCCGAUUCAUCUCUCAGGUUGAGCCCCGAACCAAACUCCCGUUGUAUUCGGUUGCGCUCUCUGUUCUGAUCACGCUGCUGUUGGGACUGAUCAACAUUGGAUCAUCUGCUGCCUUCAAUGCCGUCGCCUCGUUGGUCGUGUCUGGCUAUCUCGGCAGUUACACCAUACCGAUCAUUCUGAUCCUGCACAAGAAGAUAUACAAUCCUUCGUCCAUACACUAUGGCCCUUGGACGUUGGGGCGAAGACUCGGCAUCUUCUGCAACCUUUUCGGCCUGUUAUGGAUUGCCAUUGUCAUGACCUUCAGCUUCUUCCCGUCUGUACGGACCGAUUUGACACUGGAAACCAUGAAUUGGUCGUGCUUGUUAUGGGGCGGGACUAUGGUCAUUGGCGUCGUGAGCUAUUUCGGCUACCUCCGAGGCCGAUACAACGGCCCUAUUGUCGAGACGGACAUUAUCGAACAGGUUGCUCACGGAGUCUGAUACUGAACGGAGAUGCAAUAAGGAGGUGGAUGGCGGAGUAUCCAACUCUCCGAGGUCCUUGGAAUUCAGGGGUGCUCUGCUUUCGAAAUGGACGGGAAAAUGGUAGGAUGACGGACCUCGAGAAAGUUGGUGUACACAUUGGAUACCUCGUGGGUUGUGUUUACGGGUACAAGGUUGUGCAUGUAGAUGGAUCACCGGACUUUGUAGAUAUGGAAAAGGUUGGUGUCUUCCUGCGCUGGCUGGAGUGACCGGAAUGUCUUGCUGCUAUUUUGGGGAGUCCGGUAAACCUGCCACAUCCGGACUGUAGGUGGGAAGCCUCGUCCGGGCAACACGAG